AGGUUGUUGCAGUCUCACCCGCAGAGUUCACAGGUGACUGUGAAGCUGCUGCAGAUGUUGGUGAGGCUGAGGUGAAGUAUGAUGACGUAGAUGGAAACAUCUGGCUCCUUUUGUGUCACCUCAAGUGUGCGCCCGCCUCUCGCUGCAGUGUUGUUGUAGUUCACCUUCCGGCCAGCGGCGGCAGCACUGUUGGGUUCAGUUGGGACUCACCUGCUGUCUGGCUCUUCAUUUUUUUUUAAAAACAUUCUCCGGUUUUCAGUUCUCCUGGAGUCGGUGUGAGUGCUGCUGACAGACAGUGGCCCCCAGUAGGGUAGCGGUCUGUGGGGAGGAGGCGUCCAGUGAUACGUGGAGAGGUCCGGAGGAUGAUGAAGUUAAGCUGAGUGAUGCUGUGUGCAAAUGGAGAGGAGGCGGGGCUGCGGUGUAUCGAUCUAGCUGAUUCAAAGCGACCGAUCAGUGAAACAUCCGUCAGCGUGGAGCGCCGAGGCUUCUUUUCAGGUCACAAGGACAGAGGAAUGAGAGAAGACUCCUGAUGAUGGUGUGCCACGCUGGCUCAUCGUGUGAGGAUUCACUCCAGCCGGGCGACGGCGGCUUCAUGCGGCUCAUCUCAGAGGAAACCAACCAGGCUUCAGAAGCCUGAAGGAGACGCAUCAACACUGAGGAGGAGGAGAGCAUGAGGAGAUGAAUGGAGUGAAGGAGGAGCCUGAGGAAACAGGAGAGGACUGUCAGCAGCUCCCUGCUCAAGGGGCGGGGCUCGAUCCAGGUGUGCAGAGUCUCUCUGUACCAGAUGAACCGGCUUCAGACAGCGCUCACCGGUCAAAGCGCCGCCACCGGUGCUCGGUAUGCGGCCGGGAGUUUUCGCGUCCCUCCCGCCUGGUCGAUCACAUGACCGCCCACACGGGCGAGAAGCCGUAUAGCUGCUCGCUGUGCAGCAAACGCUUCACAAAGAAGAUAAACGUGGCGGUCCACCAGCGGGUUCACACCGGAGAGAAGCCGUAUUCCUGCCCCGACUGCGGUGUCAGCUACGCCCAGCUCAGCUGCCUGCGGCGUCACCGGCUCGGCCACGCCGCAGAGAAACCCCACUGCUGCUCGGUGUGCGGGAGAGGAUUCGUCCAGCGGCGCCACCUCGUCCAGCACGAGCGCACUCACACUGGAGAAAGGCCGUUCCUCUGCUCGCUGUGCCCCAAGAGCUUCGCCUCCAGGACGGGGCUCGUCGACCACCAGAAAACCCACACGGGACAGAACCUGUACUCCUGCUCCGUCUGCGAGAAGGUUUUCUCCACGGCGUCGUCCUUCAGGGAUCACGUGAGGCUGCACACGGGGCAGCAGCCGCACCCCUGCUCGCUGUGCGGCAAGAGCUUCAACAGGCCGGGUCUGCUGAGGAAACACCUGCAGAAGCACGCCGAGCAGAUCCAGGUGGUCAAAGUCGAAGGUGUCGACGGAGAGGGGGAGAUGAAUCUUCACUGCUUCCUGUGUCAGAAGGACUUCUUGUCUGUGGAGAAGCUGCUGCAGCACCGGCAGCUCCACCAGAGGGCGCAGCAGUUCACCUGUGGCGUCUGCGGCCGAGAGUUCGGCCGAGCGUCGCGGCUGAAGGAGCACAUGCGCUCUCACACCGGAGAGAGGCCGUACCAGUGCGACGUCUGCAUGAAGCGCUUCUCUGUGCUCAGAGUGCUGAGGAAGCAUCAGGAGAUCCACGGCAGGGAAGAGUGCAGCACCGCCGCCGCUGACGACCAAUCACAGCCUUCAGACCAGCCGAAAACGGGUGAAUCGCUCAGCGGGAUGAAAGUGGAGAACGGGAACGCAGACUCGGCGACCGACGGGAGCACCGAUACUCCGAAGGAAAGCUCCUCCCACAGCUGCCUCAGCUGUGGGAGGAGCUUCCCGGGGAUGUCGGCUCUCUUGGAGCACGCCAAGGUCCACGACUCGGAGAAGCCGCACCGCUGCCCGGUAUGCGCGAAGAUCCUCAGCAGCGCGGCCACCCUGCGAGUGCACAGGAAGACCCACAUGGCCGACAAGCCGCACGCCUGCAGCAUCUGCCCCCGGAGCUUCCUGAAGCCCUGCCUGCUGCGCCAGCACAUGAGGACCCACAUCAGGGACGGGCUCAUCGCCGACCCCGCCGACAAGGUGUUCUGGUUCGACAUGAAGAUCGAGGGCGGGAAGGUGGAGCUGGGGAUGAAGAAGAAGGAGGAGGUGGAUGAAGGCGUGAAUGAGCAGACCUCCGUAGAUGUUUUCACCGGAGUUGAGCCCUCUGUUAACAAACCCCGCCCCACUGAGGGGCGGGGCAACAGCGAGGAGCAUAAAGAGCCAGACGUGAGCGGGCUGAUAAACUCUGAUGGUGAGGAAGAGGACUGGAGGCCAGCGCGCGGCAACCCUGACGGGCCCACAGACCCUGACGGGCCCACAGACCCUGACGGAUCCACAGACCCUGACGGGCCCACAGUUCCUGAUGUACCUUUACACCCUGAUGGAUCCUUAGAUCGCGAUGGGCCCACAAGUCCUCGCGGACCCUUGAAUCCACAGGCCGACAGUGGGGCUGAUGGGAAAUCACGGCACUGCUGCCCCGUCUGCGGGCGCGACUGUUUCAAAGCGUCGGCGCUGCAGAAGCACCUGCGGAUCCACUCGGGCGAGCGUCCCUUUCAGUGCCCCACCUGCAGGAAGAGCUUCAUCCAGCACGUGCACAUGACAGAGCACCAGAGGAUCCACACGGGAGAGAGACCCUACACCUGCAGCAUCUGCAGCAAGAGCUUCACCUUCUCCAGCGCGCUGCGCCGGCACCAGCGUCUGCACACCGACGCCCGGCCGUAUCAGUGCCCCAUCUGUCCCAAGACCUUCAAGCAGCGCAGCUCGCUCAAAGAGCACCAGCUGACGCACUCGGGCGUCCGCUACCAGUGCCCGCUGUGCAGCAAGAGCUUCAGCCGCGCCCUCGAGCUCACCUACCACGUGGACGUGCACUCGGAGGCUCGGCCGUACUUCUGCGACAUCUGCCAGAAGAACCUGAGCGGAGCCCGAGUCUUCAGGAAGCACAUGAAGAAGCACGAGCUGCAGCCAGCCGGGCUGAGGGAGGCCGGGACCUCCUCGACCAAUGAGAGUCUCUGAAAGCGGUGAGAGAGGGAGGCCCGUGCUGGGAAAACCAGUGUGGACAAAAGUCAGCGAGUAACCAGUGAAACCAGUGUGAGUUCAGCCUCAGAUAUUAGAAGGACUUCAGAGGACGCGCUCAGUUAAAUCUGCGUUAAAGGAAAGGUUCUGAGAUGCUGUUAGCCCCGCCUCAGCUCACUUCCUGUUGCAGCUGUCAUUACAUUCCUGUCGUGGACGCAGUGAAGAAACAGGAAGAAGCAUGAGCCUUCAGCCUGUAUGCUAAGCUAGGCUAACAGCAUCCCAAGUAACAGAACGAAUCUCUGCCUCCAAACGAGCCACCGGUCCACGAUCCGGCCGGCUGAUUGGACCACACUGACCCUUUAACCAAAGUGCUUUUGGUGCCUGAACCACAGACGCGUGUCCGGAUGUGACCCCUGAACUUUGCUGACAGCUUCUCAUUUGGAGGUCACGUGUUUCAAACGAGAGGCGUGGUCACGAAGGGUUUUUCAAACUUUUAGUGCUCGUUGAAUAUUUGGUGCUACACAUCAGCAGCCCUGGUUCUGAUUUCAUUUCUAUAGAGGUAAAACAGCUGAUACACGAAGGUCAAAGGUCAGCUACACAGAGGCCUUCGUGCUGUUGUAGAGUCUGAACUAAAAAACUGUCCCUGGACCAGUUUGUACACUUUUAAAGUCACCACGUCUUUAAAGCCUCUGAGCUCACCUGAACCUGAACCUGAGUUUGUUUCCGGAGCUCGAGCAGCUGCGUGUUCCUGCAGAACCACAGAUUCCUCCACUACAACCAGGAAACACUAAAAGACGAGUGCUGAACGCUCCAACACUUCAUCGCAUCCUGAGGAAAGAUCUGUGGAAUUAUGUCAACAACAGAAAUAUUCCCGUCACACGACUGAUAUUUUUCUACCAGCAGGUGGCAGUACGCCUCUAUGAACUCUAUGAAGUUUUAUAUCUACACUCACUGCCCACUUUAUUAGGUACAGCUGCUGAGUUUACAGAGUACAGAUCUCUGGAAGAAACUGCUCGGGUGGUGCCCCAGAUCAGAGGAGAAUGACCAAACUUAUAUAACUUAUUAUAACAAAGGUAUGCAGAAGAGCGCCUCUGAGCACAUCACACCCUGAAGCAGAUGAGCUACAGAAUAUCUGCCACAACAUCCAGGAUCUCUCUGUCGGGAGGGCGUGAUGGUUUCUUGGCACGUCCGUGACAAGUUCACCGUCCUCCAAACGCCUCCACAGUCACCACAUGUCAUGGAUGCGGUCCACAGCUCUGCAGUAAGUCUGUGAUGGUGUCACGUCAACACGGAGAGUCUCUGAGGAAUGCUUCCAGAACCUCGUCGAUGCUGGGAAGAAGAAACAGGGUCCAGUCCUGUACUGGCAAGGUGUAGCUAAUAAAGUGGCUGCUGGGUAUGAUUUAUCUUCUCUUGUUACAGCAGCUCAAGUUAAAUACAACAACGUGUAACAGGGAGCUUAAAUGAGUGGGAUUAUGUGGCGAUCGUGGCUCAAGAGUUGGGAGUUCGCCUUGUAAUCGGAAGGUUGCCGGUUCGAGCCCCGGCUCGGACAG